AUGAGUUCCUCGCGAGAUCCCACGGCGCGCCUCCGCGCCGGCCUCAACCCUCUCUUAACGGCAUCACUGGGGGGAUACCACGGCCAUCACGCCAACACACCGCUCUCGGCCGUGUCGAUGACUUCUCACGCCUUCUCAUCGAACCAGACGCCUCUAAGCGCGAUUCAGCCAUAUAAUCCCCAGGAAUGGGUUGCGUCUCCGGCCUUGGGACCUGGCUCUGACCUCAACAGGAGUGUUGAUCCAAAGGCUAUGCUGACCAUGUUAGCAACCCCGCCACCUCCACCCCCGUAUUCACCUCCACGCAGCGCAAGGCCGAUGAGUAUGGUGCUAGAGCCGUCCCACGGGGCGAACAUCUCCGCAGCCCGAGCUCCACCACCGCCGGCACCCCCAGCUCAACGGCCUCCCACAGAGCCGCCGGUUGCAACUGCAUCGUUUCCACCACCUCCUGGCACGAGAGAGUCGUCACGAGAAAGGCGGUUUGGGUUUCCGUCAUUGAGCAGGCGACGAGAACAACAGACAAGCACUCCGGUAGAUGCUCAUCCACCGGUCCGACAUCAAGGGCUUAUGUCUCGCGUUAUGAAUGGGAACGCGAACUCGCCGAGGCCUUUGACGUUGCAAAUACCCCAGCCCGAGCAAACGGCAAACUUGGCCCCUGCGGCACGAAGAGCAGUAUCAACGCCUGCGGUUGCUACACCGACAUCGGCCAGGUCCCGAUCGUCAUCUCAGGUUAGAUGGGAUUCGGCAAUGCCCGUUCCGCCUCCGCCACCGGGUCCUCCGCCGUCAUCAGCACGAUCACAAAGCACCCAAAGCGUUCAGAGAUUUCCCUCUGGAAGCGACCCUAUGGUCUCGCCUCCCACUCGCAGGCCCCCUCCCAGCGGAGUUACUACUUUGGGGCCUGUUCCGCCUACCCCAGCAAAUUGGCAGGAUACCGAGGUCAUGUCGAACGCUCAAGCCCAAGCCCGAACACCAUCUCCUGACAACAGGGUACCUGCUGCAACGGAAACUGCGAGUGUCGCAAGUUCGAGUGCACACCCCCAAUCAGCAGUGUCUUCAGAAGCUUCGAUGGGUUCGCUGGCUAGGAGUUACGCUCAGAGAACCGACAAGACAAUCCGUGAGCGAAGGACGGAAAGCCGAACGAGAGGGAACGUUCGUAACUCCAUGGAUGGGUCGCAGGAUCUUUCGGAUAUUGUCAUUCCAGGCUCAGGUGGAUUGCAGAGACGGUUGACAAUCACCCGAGGGACACCGAGGUCCAGUCGAAUGAGUGACGGUCCUAGAACGGGAGAGUCGAUGGACAACAGCCACGAAUCUAAGGGCACCACGCCUCGGGCCAUGGGCUCGAAUCAGGCUCAUUCUGGACAGCUAACCCCAACAGGACUGUCAUCGGAAACCCAUCGGUAUACCGAGGACCACCAGGCUCUUGCACCAAAGGCUCUUCCGACACCUCCCACCGGAAGCCGCGCUUCCUCGACCUCUCAUGUGCCUGCUACUCACCUAACACGUCACUCGGUCAUCAAUCAAAGUAACGAGCAGUUCACACACGCAACCAUCGAGCGCUUCACAGCUUUUGCACAGAAAGAAAUGACGGCAUCGAGUGAUGCCGAGCGAGUCCGCCUGUUUGCCGAGUUCUUUGUCAGUGAAUCCAGGAUACGAAGGGAAAGAUACGGGGCUGCCAUAGGGGCUAUGGGCUCCGAGAUCCUCGACCUAACUCGUGACCUAUUCCGACCGAUGGAUACUCACAUCAGACGAGAGUCCUCGAACUCUGCUACAAGCGGGGUUAUCGAACUGACCACACCGCAGUCUUCGGAGCCCAGGUCACAUCGUGGCUCUAUCGGCUCUGUCUUCAGUGGAAACCCCAAUAGCCAUGGACAAACGCCCAUCACGCCUUCGAGUGCUAGCCAGCCGAUGACGCCAGGAAGUAGUGGAAACACACCAAAUGCGAACAACUGGCCGACUUCGAACUACAUGCCCUCGUUGUCGCCCAUCCUCAGUAUGAGCGUGAGCGAUGCGGUGGAUGAGCAGGACUCUCGAGGACGUCCGGCAAGUCGAUGGUGGGAAGCGGACUCUAGCGGUGCGCCGUCGACGAAGAUGGAACGAUCAAAGAGGGAAUCCAAAUACAUGGGCGUCCCCAAGGAGGCCAGAGAAGCUCUCCAGUGGAUCGACGACGCAUCAGCCGGCCCGAGUAACAACCAGCGCUACUCCGACUCUGAAUACCCCCCUGAGAAGGUGGGAUGGCACGAGCAGCAAGACCAAACAACACCGGCACAACCGCAACAACAAUCAGCCCGCAACUCGGUGUUAUCCAACUACUCAACCCCAAGCACACCCAACCCAGCGCACCUAGACGUCUCUCGCCUGGUGACCCUUCCACCACCCUACCCACGCCACCACCCGGCCGUCAACAACAACCACCCGGAGCUCACCCAGACCCGCAGCUCGGUCCGCAUCAUCAGCGACAUGACCGAGAUCGACGCCAUCAAAGAGAAAUUCAAGCUCGCCAGCACCAAAGCGCGCCUCGACGCCGCCGAAGCCGCCAAACAGCGUCGCCAAGCCCUCCGCCAAAACCUCCAGUCCGAAAUCGCCUCGGGCAGCAUCGGCUACGCCGACGCGGCCGCCAUCGAGACGGACGCCAACACAUCCGAAAACAACCGAAUCAACGACCUCGAAAAAUCCGACUUUGACACCUUCCAAACCGCCGUCGUCGUGCCCGUCAACGAGAUCCUGCAAACCCGCAUCACCAAAGCCACCGAGCUCUUCGACUCCCUCCGCUCUCGCCUCUUCGACGAAACGCACGACUCCAACCCCAACCUCCCCCAAGAAGAAGGCGACGAGCAGCCGGAGCUGCUCGAAAAACUCACCUUACUCAAAUGGAUCUUCGAAGCCCGCGAAACCCUCCACCGCGCGCUCUACGAUUUGUUGUCCGACCGCAACGACCGCUACCGCGAAGUCGUCCUGACGCCCUACCGCCUGCUUCAGGGACAACAAGACAAGAUCGCCAGCGCCACGACCUUCUUCGCCGAAGACGCGGCCAAGCGCGCCUUGGCUUACCACGAGGAAGUCCUGCACCGGACCCAACAGUUCCGGGACGUGGUCGAGGAAACCGUCGUCCGCGGCGUCGAGGCGCAGUUGUCCGCCUUCUGGGACAUCGCGCCCCCCCUAAAGAGAUCUGUGCUGGAUAACAUCCCCGCUUCCAUGGAGGGGUUCCAGAUCCAGAUCCCAGCGUCGGAGUACGAGGAGAAUCCGAGCUAUGUGGAACACCCGCUGCAGUACCUGUUUAGUCUGCUGCUGCAUGCGGAGAAGAGCACGUAUCAGUUUAUCGAGAGUCAGACGAAUUUGUUGUGUUUGUUGCACGAGGUGAAGGAGGCGUGCGUGAGCGCCAAGGCGAAGGUGAUGGAGAGUGAUGGACGGGAUGCGAGCAGGGUGGAUCAGAUGAGGGUGGAGGAAGGGCAGAGAUUGACGGAGGAUUUGAAGGAGAAGGUGAGGGUGGUGCAGGAUCAGUGGAAUGAGGCGCUGGGGGAGACGAUUGGGGGGGUUAAGGAGCGGGUUGGUGGGUGGUUGUUGGAGACUGGGGGGUGGGAUGAGAGUUUGGAGGAUGGGGGUGUUGGAGGUGUUUGAGGAAGAUUGUGAAAAAAAAAAAGAGAAAGAGGAGGACUGCGGCUGAGCAGUAGGGAAGUCGCGAUCGGGUAAUGGGGCUUGUCUACUUUCUUUUGGACAUCUUGCUUGAGGGACUUUGAUGUACUUGAGCCGCUUCUUUGGAUACAUCGUUCGUUUUUUUGUUGAUACCCCCCACAAGCAUAAAUAUACAGACCAACGUAGAUAAAAAGAU